AAACGAGACUUCGCUGCAGCCUCUCCAAGCUACAGUGCGUCUUUGAGAUCGCACGGGCCUCAGGUUUUAAACCUGGUAAUUCACGUUAUUUGUAUUUAUCGCUGCCAGACAUGAGCGAUAACGAGAAAGACUAUGGCGCGAGAAAUAUUAAGAGGGUUAAUGUUGGAAGAAGAGAAAUACGGAAGAAGUCACAUGUCAAGUUUAUGUUGCUUAAUAUGAAGCUCAGAUGUGUGCCACUGAAUUUGGGGAUGCAUGCUAAACAUGAGGAGGGAAGAAGUAUGGGAAGUGUGUGAGAUGGGGGAAGUAAGAAGAAGUGAGAAAUUUGAAGAAAGAAGAAUUUUAUGAAGAGUCGCGCUCUGCGUCCGGGAGCGCGAGUCCGCACGGCUCGGGGAAGUCCGCCAGCCGCUCCCCGGCGCGCUCCCCGGCCAACUCCAAGGAGGGCUCACGCCACUCCCGGUCCAAGUCCCGCUCGCGCUCCAGGUCCAAGUCCGGGUCCCACUCCCACCGCGGCUCGCGGCGGCACUACAGCCGCUCGCGUUCCCGCUCGCGCUCCAACCGGCGGCGUUCGCGCAGCCGCUCGUACAGCGGCGAGAGACGGCGCCGCAGCCACAGCCGCUCGCCCAUGUCCAACCGCCGCAGGCACAUUGGCAACCGGGCGAACCCCGACCCCAACUGCUGCCUAGGCAUCUUCGGCCUGAGCUUGUACACGACAGAGAGGGAUCUACGAGACGUCUUUUCCAAGUACGGCCCACUGGCUGACGUCUGCAUCGUCUACGACCAGCAGUCCCGACGCUCCAGGGGCUUCUGCUUCGUCUACUUCGAGACAAGGGAAGAUGCAAAAGAGGUGGGCCUCCGCAGGGUGUUUGUGAGUGACAAGGGUGUCGACGAGGGUUCACGACCUUGUAGGGCUUUGAGGAACCAUGUUGUUGUUGUUUUCGUCGCUAGGCAAAGGAACGAGCCAACGGUAUGGAGUUGGACGGACGGCGGAUCAGGGUUGACUUCUCCAUCACGAAAAGGCCUCACACCCCCACCCCGGGUAUCUACAUGGGCCGCCCCACAUACGGCGGCGGCGGCGGCAGCAGUAGUGGUGGCAGCGGAGGAGGUGGAGGAGGAGGUGGUGGUGAAAGGGGCAGCGGAGGAGGUGGUGAAAGGGGCAGUGGGGGUGAAAGAGGAGGUGGCGAAAGAGGAGGUGGCGAAAGAGGAGGUGGCGAAAGAGGAGGCGGCGAAAGAGGAGGCAGUGGCGGUGGAGGCGGAGGAGGCGGUCCCAGCGGUCCGAGGCGCUAUUCGCGCGACUACGACCGGGGCUACGACCGCGGCGACCGCGGCUACGAGCGAGGAGGCUAUGAUCGCUACGACGACCGGGAGUACUACAACAACCGCUCGUACAGGAGGAGAUCGCCGUCACCGUACUACAGAGGAACGUACCGCUCCCGCUCCCGAUCCCGCUCCUACUCGCCUCGUCGUUACUGAACAGCAGCUCCUUGACUACAAACUGUCCACUCCCUGUCCAAACCCACGGAUGAGUCGACCCGGUUUUGGUUUUCUUGAGACUAUUUUAUUUUAUGUAAAUGAGUUAUUAUAUUUGUAUGACUGUGCGACGAUUUGUCGGAAAUUUGUGUGUGUGUUUUAAAUGUUAAUUGUAUAGCCCCCCCACCUGGCUUUUUGGUUGUUUUUGGUACAGUCGGUUUCACAAGUGUGAGUGGAUUUAUAUUCUCAAGUCUUUUAUGUGAUUAAACAAAAACAGUCCACC